ACAUGUACAACAUUGUCCACUUCAUCCGCCAUUCAUUAGAACAAUAAACACCGAUUGUCGGUCUUGGAACACGAAUCGCUACGAUGACACACACUGGCCGAGCCACUGCCACCGUCAACGGUGUCACCGUUGCCGAGACUACCGAGUGGGAGGAAGUAGAGGGCAAUGUGUACUUCCCGCCCGGAUCGCUGACGCGCGACCUCUUUGAGGGUCCGACGGGACAUUCUACGCACUGCCCAUGGAAGGGCGAUGCACAGUAUUACCAUGUCAAGACUGGGGACACAAAGCUGGAGAACGCGGCUUGGUAUUAUCCUGACACGAAGGACAAGGCGAAGCAUUUUGAAGGCUAUGUUGCUUUUUACAAGAGCAAAGUUGACAUCAAGACGGAAUAGUCAUGCUUCAGAUUAGGGGAGCACACAUGUGAAGUAGCCCGGCGAGUAUUCUGACGGAUGAGCUGCGAAUAAGAAGCUGGAACAGAGGACCAUAGGCCAGUCACACUUUGUCGAAUGCGCAGCGUUCGGCGAUGCUCUUCAAUGUUCUCCUGCGCUGUCUAUCGUAUCUUAAACCUCGACCAGUUGCUCUUC